AUGAACAUGAACUAAACUAUUGAUUGUUUUGGACCAGACAAUCUAAUAAUACAUGAAAGACCUCUCACAAUAAGUUACAUUGAUGAAAAUAGCCCCUAAAAAUUUUGUAAUCUCUCAUAAUUACUUGCAUCUCAAAAUACCAAAAGGACAAAAAAGAUAUCCAGAAGAUCAUUAUAUCAAGUCAACUUAAAAGAUUAUUAUUAUCAAACCUAUAUUCCAACUCGAUCCCCACCAAGCUUAUAACUAUAAUUAUAAAAUUACUAAUACAAUACAUCAAAAUCAACGAACACUAGGAAAAAUAAUUUCAUUAAAUAAAAGGAAGCUAAAUGUAAGACUCUUCCUUUAAACGAUUUCAACUAUGAUGAAAUAUAGAAAAGAAUCGAAUUGAAAAAGAUGAUGCUCGAAAAAAUGUAUCUCAUCAAAGAUAAUUAAAAAACAUAAACAAUUAAAACCGAAAAAACAGAAGAAGUUGUCUUACCUUAAAAAUUGAAAACUGAUGUCUCCAUUUCAUGCAACAAUAAAUAAAAGAAAAAUUAAGAAAUUUAGACUUAUAGACCUACCUAAUCACGAAUAGGGUCAUCUUAUUACAAUAAUAGAAAAAUGAAUACAACUUUUCAGGCUAUGCCUUUGUCUUUGGGUUUAAACAUUGAGAAAUGUAAAAUAGUAGAGAGGUUGACUUAAUCACCAUUCUAUUCUAGAACAAGUAAAAAGAUAGGCUACAAAAAUUGUAGUGUAGGAGAUAGGGGUUAAAAGUUCAUGAUUAUGCAAAAACCAAUUUUAGAACAAUUUAGCUUAUAAAAGAAAUCAUCAAUACCUGUUGCAAAAUGGGAUCAUUCUGAUUUGGAAAAUGAUUGA